AUGUAUGAAGACAAUGCUGCUUGUAUAGCUCAAAUUAAAGAAGGGUUUAUCAAGGGUGAUAGAACCAAACAUAUACCACCAAAGUUCUUCUACCCACAUGAGCUUCAAAAGAAUCAAGAGAUUGAAGUCAAGCAAAUUCGUUCCCAAGAUAACCUGGCAGAACUCUUCACCAAAGCUCUUCCAAAGUCUAUAUUUCAGAAGUUGGUAUAUGGUAUAGGGAUGCGACGACUUUACAAGCAAUCAGACUGUUGA